CAUUUAAUCAACAAUAUUUAAAAAUAAGCAAUAGAAAAAUGACACCUGUUAAAUUGAUUUUCUUAAGCGUCUUAAUGACAAUUCUUUCGGGAACCACUUUUGGCGGUUUGUUGGACGCCAUAUUUAUACCCACCAUUUUACAAGAGAAAUAUCAACUUAUGCCCACCAAAGAGGGUUAUCGUCUAAAUUUAGAAGAACCUGAUGGCAGCAGACGUGAAGAAGUGGGUAUGAUUAUUAACCCCGGUACACCCGAAGAAGAACUAGUGGUUAUGGGCACCUAUUCAGUGUACGAUGAGAAAACUGAUACCGACACUGUCACUAUGUAUACCGCCGAUAAGGAUGGUUAUAAGCCUCGUUAUAUGCUUAAAAAUCGUAAAUUGAGUGCUAAUACACUGAAGUCAAUGGCUGGUUAACAGCUGAUCAAAAAUAUAUAAGUUUUUAUACUUUUCACCAUACACAUAUAAGGUUAUGAUAUUUUUAUGAGAAUAUUUUGGGGUAAUUGUUAAUUUUUUUAUAAAUUAUUUAUAAAAUAUAAUUAUAAAGAAACACAAAAAACUUAUGUAUGUGUGUAUAUAUGUACUUAUAUGUAUGUAAUUAGCAUUUAUUUCAUAACUCUUAACUGACACGAAGACCACACCAUAUCACCUGUAAAAUGUUCGUAACCACAUUAUAAAUUAUAAUUAUGUUAAUAUAAUAUCUUUAUUUAAAUCUUUAUGAUACUCUUACUAUUUAUUUGCCAUUAAAUCAUGUGUAUUGAAA